AUGUCAACAACUCUGGUAUUGGACAUGCCUACCUUUGAAAUGUUGUUUAAGGUACAUAAGGAUGCUAGUGAUGUGGGAAUUGGACUCGUCCUCACACAAGAAGACCGACCUAUCGCUUAUAUAAGCAAGGCUUUGGAAAGUAUACUAAUGGGAUGGUCUGUCUAUGUGAAAGAAUUAGAACCGGUGGUAGAAGCGGUCCGGGUUUGGAGGCCUUAUCUUCUUGGGCGUCAUUUAAGGAUAGUAACGGACCGACAACUACUUAAACAUUUGUUGGAACAACGGAUUGUCACUCCGGAGCAACAAAAUUUCGUGUCAAAGCUCAUGGGAUUUGACUUUGAGAUUUGUUAUAGACCGGGUCGACAAUACUCGGUGGCGGAUGAAUUAUCUCGUCGUACCGUCGUGGCCGAACUUCAAGCCAUUUCUGGACCAACAUGGACUAUGUGGAAUCAAUUACGAGAGGCAAAUACUCAAGAUACCUUUUGUAAUGAUGUUCGUAGGAAAAUGGAAGCUCAAGAGGAGGAGGUUCACGAUUAUGAUGUCUAUGGCGGCUUGUUACUAUAUAAAGGUCGCGUGUAUGUACCGGAAACUGAUCGAUUGAGGCAUGACAUUGUGCAAUAUUUUCACGAAUCGAAGACUGGGGGACACUCAGGAGUUCAUCGUACGUGGGCAAGGCUAUCAACUACCUUCUAUUGGCCUGGGGUGAAGAAUGAAGUUCAGGAGUUUGUAGCAAAGUGUGACGUUUACCAAAGAGUGAAGUCGGAUUACAGAAAACUGGGUGGAUUCUUACAACCUUUACCGGUACCAGAGAGGAUAUUAGAGGAUAUAACCAUGGACUUCAUUGAAGGGCUACCGAUGUCUAAUGGAUUCAACUGGAUCAUGGUGGUCAUGGAUCGUCUUACCCAAGGGACCGAGUUGGCUAUGAGUUUUGCCUAUCAUCCUCAAACAGACGGGCAGACCGAUGUAACCAAUCGUAUCCUUGAACAAUAUCUCAGAUGCUAUGUUCUUGAUUUUCUGAGAAAGUGGGAAGGAUUUUUGCCGUGGCUGAUGUAUAACACAACUUACCAUGCCUCGACUAAGUUCACUCUUUUCGAGUUGGUUUAUGGACGAGUGGCACCUACAUUGGUUAGUUAUCCGUUGGGAAAGUCCUCGAAUGAUAAAGUGGAUCGUGAGCUAAUAGAGCUAGAUCUUAUGAUUCAGGAGCUCAAAAGCAACUUAUACAGGUCGAUCAACCGAAUGAAGGAGUACUAUGAUAAGGGAAGACGAAAGGAACGAUUUAAACCAGGUGAUUGGGUUUACUUGAAGCUUCGACCUUAUCGUCAACAGACGAUCUCUCAAAAGGCCCUAUUCAAGCUGGGAAGUCGUUUCUAUGGUCCAUAUAAAAUUAUUGAACGUGUGGGUGAAGUGGCCUAUCAACUUGAUCUACCGGCAGAAGCUCAAAUUCAUUCAGUACCGUUCUUGGGAAAAGCUCAGAAAAACGGGGUGAAAGACACGUACGACACGUCAAAGGCGGCUCGCGGUGGCGGCAUUGCGCUCGACGGCUGCGCGCGGCUCGCGAAAGGAGGACAGCGGGGCCUGAGGACGGCGGCUGAACUAUUCGUUCGCGAAGGAGGGUCAUCGGGGUCGCUGCUGGUCACGACGGAGGAGGGUCUGUGGGGGAGAUCGUCGGAAGAAUUUGCUGGUCGCGGUGGCGCGCGGAGGAGCAGCCGACAAUGGUCGCACGCGGAGGAGAAGGGCUCGCGGAAGAGGGCCGUCGGGAUUCCUCACGAGAAGGGGCAGCGGCCUGCUGGUUCACGUCGGGUGGAGGCGCAACGACGGAAGGGGCGGAGGGCUCGCGGUGGCACUGCGUGGAGGGGAAAAGCUUCUGCUGGCGGCGAUGUGAUGGUGGUGAUGGCGAGAUGA